CAUGUGACAUCAUGUGACUGUGGCGUAAACAGGAAGCAGCUGAUUCUUAACUCUUGUCCAACUCAUCAAGUAAUGUACACGACUACGCUCUUUCACGCCAAAAACUUUAUGUCUACUCUUGGUUGAAGACGAGUAAACCUUCUCUCCAGUUUGGUGAAAAUGAACACGUAAGUGCCAAAAUGUGUGUGCCUCAGCUGAGAGCUGCGUACGAGAAGUCAUCUGAUCCCUCCGUAAACUUCCAUCGUGUCUUCUUAAGGGGGAUGUCCAGCUCAGCCAUGAAGAAAAAGGUGUUAUUGAUGGGAAAAAGCGGGUCCGGGAAGACCAGUAUGAGAUCAAUCAUCUUUGCCAAUUAUAUUGCUCGAGACACACGUCGCCUCGGAGCAACAAUUGACGUGGAGCACUCCCACGUACGAUUCCUCGGCAAUCUCGUCUUGAAUCUUUGGGAUUGUGGAGGACAGGACACUUUCAUGGAGAACUACUUCACCAGCCAAAGGGACAACAUUUUUCGCAACGUGGAGGUGCUUAUUUAUGUUUUCGACGUGGAGAGCCGCGAGCUAGAGAAAGACAUGCAUUACUACCAGUCGUGUCUGGAAGCCAUCCUGCAGAAUUCCCCUGACGCCAAAGUCUUCUGUCUCGUGCACAAAAUGGAUCUGGUGCAGGAGGACCAGAGAGACUUGAUUUUUAAGGAACGUGAGGAAGACUUAAAGAGACUGUCUCGGCCUUUAGCGUGCACGUGCUUCAGGACGUCCAUCUGGGAUGAAACCCUGUACAAGGCGUGGUCCAGCAUUGUGUACCAGCUAAUCCCCAACGUUCAGCAACUGGAGACCAAUUUGAGGAAUUUUGCGCAGAUCAUCGAGGCGGAUGAAGUCCUUCUCUUUGAGAGAGCCACUUUCCUGGUGAUCUCCCACUACCAGUGCAAAGAGCAGCGGGACGCUCACCGCUUUGAGAAGAUCAGUAAUAUUAUCAAACAGUUCAAACUCAGCUGUAGUAAACUGGCAGCCUCUUUCCAGAGCAUGGAAGUGAGGAACUCCAACUUUGCGGCCUUUAUUGACGUCUUCACCUCCAACACAUAUGUCAUGGUUAUCAUGUCUGACCCGUCUAUUCCCUCUGCGGCCACCCUCAUCAAUAUCCGUAAUGCUAGGAAACACUUUGAGAAGUUGGAACGAGUGGACGGACCCAAACACAGUCUGCACAUGCGAAUGCGCUAGCCGCCGUCUUCUCAACCAAUCAGCGCCCGGAUCCUCGCCUCACUUGUUGUACCCUCACGUUCAAUCAGACAAAAAUAGGAGGAUUUUCUUUCUCGUUUGUCCGCCUGUCAUCCAGUAAAGAAUGAAACCGUGUGUUUACUUUGAAGGGAAUAAUGUACCUCGCUGUUGUAUACCCAAGACCCCAGUGAUCAGGGGGUUCUUUUUUUCUUUGAAAGAUACAAGCAAUAUACUUUUAUUCAGAAUGA